UUGGAGAGAUCCAAACCCAGGAUUAGCUAUGUGUGGACAUAACAUGUUCAGGCAGAGACAGUGGUCACAUGUUCCAGUGACCACAUCAAACGCUAUAUGCAUCUUUCUGUCUUACAUUAACAUAUUUUUCCUGCUUUUCUUGUGCAUUGUAAGCAAUACUACAGAGACAGCAGCUACGACAGUCAAGCUACCGGGGAAUGUAAGUGUUCCGGCAGUGAUUAUAUUCGGAGAUUCGAUUGUUGAUACGGGCAACAACAACAACAAUUUCAAAACACUUGCACGCUGCAAUUUCCUUCCAUAUGGGAAAGACCUCAAGGGAGGAAUGCCAACGGGAAGAUUUUCCAAUGGAAAGGUUCCCUCGGACCUCAUAGUGGAAGCAUUUGGAAUCAAAGAGCUGUUGCCAGCAUAUUUGGAUCCAACCCUGCAGCCAGAGGAUCUCCUUACUGGUGUAGUAAUAGCUGCUGGUGGUGCAGGCUAUGACCCUUUGACAGCACAACUCGCGGGAGUUGCAUCACUAUCUGACCAACUGAAGCAGUUCCAAGAGUACGUAGAAAAGCUGAAGGGAAUUGCUGGAGAAGAGAGAACAAACUUCAUCAUAGCAAACUGUUUGAUUUUUGUGGUAGCGGGCAGCAAUGAUAUUUCUAACACCUAUUUUCUUAGCGGUGCUAGGAAAUUGGAGUAUGAUGUUCCUUCUUACACUGACUUCAUGCUCAACUAUGCCUCUCAGUACGUCAAGGACUUAUAUGGCCUGGGGGCACGAAGAAUAGGUGUACUCAAUGCGCCACCCAUCGGAUGUGUGCCAUCUCAACGAACGAUUGGAGGAGGCGUGCUAAGAGAAUGUGACGACAAACAAAACCAAGCAUCGCAGCUCUUCAAUUUCAAACUCUCUGCAGAGAUGGAUGGCCUUAACAAAAUCCUGCCCAACUCAAGAGUGGUCUAUAUUGAGAUCUACAAUCCACUACUUGAUCUCAUCAUAAACCCUACAAAAUACGGCUUUGAAGUUGUGAAUAAAGGGUGCUGUGGUAGUGGGAUUAUUGAAGUAACAAAACUGUGCAACCAGUUUCAGCCUGCAGGCACCUGUUCAGAUGACUCUAAGUAUGUUUUUUGGGACAGCUACCAUCCAACAGAAAGUGCAUACAAGAUCAUUGUGCAGCAGAUGCUAGACAAAUAUGCCAACCGCUUCUUCUGAGACAAGUCACUAUCCUUAUGAUCA